AUGAUCACUAAAACAAAUUUUUGUCAAAAUGAGUUGUUGCUAGAGCCAGAAAAUACAAGUUUUCUUAGUCUGUUUUGUCUCCUUUGUUCCUUUGUUUUGGGAGAGAAAAGCUUUGUUUUUUGGGGAAAGACUUGCUCUUACCAAAACUCCAAACACGAGCAAAGAGAUAAGCUUCAAUGGCUGCAAUUCAUCUCCCUUCUCGUGCAGAAAAUCUUCCUUUUAUGCAGAAAACCCAUGGCUCUAGUGGGGAAUACAUUAGAGAUGUGGCUCAAUCUUCUAUCAAAUAAUGGUGGUUUCCUUAUGCUACCCUUGACAAUUUUGAGAGGAAGGAUGGUCUGGCCUGACAGAUCAUCCGCGACGUUCACAUCCGUUAUGGGAAAUCUUGACAAGCGACUAGAGCUAGACAAGACCAUUAGACAUGGAAACAGAUCAUAUAAUGCUUCAUUGGCUUUGAUGGCUGCAAAAUUGUCUUAUGAGAAUGAAGCCUUCAUAAGAAUCAUUGUCAAGGAUCGUUGGCAUAUGGAGUUCUUGGGGUUCUUCAACUUCUACAAUGAGUACCAUGAUCGACCCUCAACUCCGGCCUUCGUCCUCCAAGAUGUGACCUCUGACCCUAACCUGAUUGUGGUCGCAUUCAGAGGCACUGGUCCUUUCGACGCUCGUGGUUGGUGCACAGAUGUUGAUAUUUCAUGGCACGAGCUCGAAGGGAUUGGAAAGAUCCACCGUGGCUUCAUGAAAGCCCUUGGCCUGACAAAGCAUGGGUGGUCUGAGGAAAUAGAGCGAGGCCUGGACAAAAGAUAUGCUUACCAUACAAUCAGGAAAAUGUUGAGAGAUAAUUUCCACAAGAAUGAGAAGGCAAAAUUCAUACUGACAGGGCAUAGCUUGGGUGGAGCAUUGGCAAUAUUGUUCGUGUUUGUGUUGAUUUUACAUGAGGAGGUUUGGUUGUUGAUGAAAUUGGAAGGAGUUUACACAUUUGGGCAGCCAAGAGUAGGGGAUAAGCAGUUUGGAGAGUUCAUGAAAACGAAGUUGAAAAAGUAUAAUGUAAAAUAUUUGAGGUAUGUUUAUUGCAAUGAUAUGGUGCCUAAGUUGCCUUAUGAUGAUGAUAAUCUCUUCUUCAACCACUUCGCCCCAUGCCUCCAUUACAACAGUUGCUACGAAGGAGAGAUUAGGCAGGCGGAGACGAGUCACAACUACUUCUCUUUGUCAUGGGCUAUACCCAAGUAUUUGAUUGCAUUAUGGGAGCUGAUUAGGAGUUUUAUCAUCCCCUACAUGAAGGGCUCGGACUAUCGAGAAGGUUGGCUUAUGAGAUUAUUUAUGGUAAUUGGGUUAGUGAUUCCAGGAUUACCAGCUCAUUGUCUUCAGGAUUACAAUAAUUCUGUUAGAUCAAGAACCUUACGUCUUAGGGAUUCCCAGGUUUGGGCAGAGAAUUAG